AUGGGAAGUGCGAAGUCUAAAGCAGUAAAAUCAAAAAGUUUCAAAAAAAGUAGCUCAGUCAAAAACCCUCUCCCCAAAAUAACUUUAGACGACUUCCAAGUUACCCGCUUUAUAGGCUCUGGCUAUUACGGAAAAGUCUAUGUAGUCCGAUGUGUUCUAGAUGACAAAACCUAUGCAAUGAAAAUUAUGAAAAAAUCAAAAAUUCAUGAAGAAAAUAAAAUCUCUCAUAUAAAAACUGAAAGAAAAAUCCUUGGGACAGUCAAAAGCCCUUUCAUAUCUCCUUUAAGGUACGCAUUUCAAUCGAAAUCCCACCUUUUUCUGGUAUUAGAGUACUACAAAGGUGGAGAAUUAUUUUGCCAUCUAAAGGAAAUGAAAAGGUUCCCUGAGGAAUGAAUUAAAUUUUACGCUGCUGAAAUUGUGCUAGGCCUUCAGUCACUACAUGAGCGUGGAAUUGUAUAUCGUGACAUAAAGCCUGAAAAUAUAUUAUUUGAUGCCUUUGGGCAUAUAGCAUUAAUUGACUUUGGCUUAGCAAAGCAAUUUAUGAAGCAGUUCUCCGGAGCAGCCACAUUUUGUGGGACAAGUGAAUAUCUGGCGCCUGAAGUUAUAACUGGUGACGAAUAUGGUCUAUCAGUCGAUAUCUGGAGCCUUGGAAUUUUACUAUAUGAACUCGCGACAGGCCAAACACCGUUUUACGAUAUCAACGACAAUACAAUGUACAGAAAAGCUAUUCAUGAUGACUUAAAAUUCCCUGAAGGGUUUUCAGCUGAUUUUAAAGCUUUAAUUUCUGGCUGCCUCGAAAAAAACCCUUCGCAGCGACUUACUAUAAACCAAAUUAAAUGUCACCAAUUUUUCAGCGACACCAGUUGGGACGCUAUGUGGACUAAACGCAUUAAGCCACCUUACGACCCCAUUUCUAAAGCAAUUUCUAUAUCAAAAAUGGUAAAUCUAGAGCCAAAUUUUAAGGUGACAGAGUCUACGCCUCAUUCGACAGCUCAGAAUUUUUCAAAUUUUACUUAUUCGGGCACUGCAUCAUAA